AGUGGGUAGUUUGUUUGUGCAAUAACCAAGAAUGGCCACCACUGUUACUUGCUUAUCUUCUCCUCCUUUCACUUUCAAAACUCAGGAAUUGCUCUUCCCUUCCCAUUCUAACCCCCACCCACAUGACCGUUACGGUUGCUUGACCGCUGGUUCCCGCCGAAACUCAUACUCUCUGUGCAAACCUUCUCGUUCUUCAAGUUCAAGAUUAACUUCUCCAACUGUUAGAGCUGAAGCUGAUUCUUCUGUCAAUAAAGAGCCAAUGUUGCCUCCUUACAAUGUCCUCAUCACUGGUUCCACCAAAGGAAUUGGGUAUGCAUUGGCUAAAGAAUUUCUAAAAGCAGGUGACAAUGUUAUAGUUUGCUCAAGAUCAGCCGAGCACGUGGAAUCUGCCAUUCUGAGGCUGAGAGAAGAAUUCGGGGAGCAGCAUGUGUGGGGUACAAAGUGUGAUGUUAGAGAAGGGCAAGAUGUGAAAGAUUUAGUUGCAUUUGCACAAAAGAAUCUGAAAUAUGUUGAUAUAUGGAUUAAUAAUGCAGGAUCAAAUGCGUAUAGCUAUAAACCCCUGGCAGAAGCUUCAGAUGAAGAUCUGAUUGAAGUUGUCACCACAAACACUCUUGGUUUGAUGAUUUGUUGUCGAGAGGCAAUGCAAAUGAUGCAUAACCAACCCCGAGGGGGUCAUAUUUUCAACAUCGAUGGAGCUGGUUCAGAUGGAAGACCUACACCCAGGUUCGCUGCAUAUGGGGCGACUAAACGCAGUGUGGUGCAUUUAACAAAAUCUUUACAGGCAGAAUUGCAGAUGCAGGAUGUUAAAAACGUUGUGGUGCACAAUUUGUCUCCAGGAAUGGUGACAACUGAUCUUCUCAUGUCUGGUGCUACUACAAAGCAGGCCAAGUUUUUCAUCAAUGUUUUGGCAGAACCGGCUGAAGUGGUUGCUGAGUAUCUUGUUCCUAGAAUCAGAUCGAUUCCUGCCAAUGGAUCAACAAAAUCAACUUACCUACGUUUUCUCACUGGAGUGAAGGCCUAUUCUCAGAUAUUCUCAAGAAUUGCUUUUGGUGCAAGAAGAAAUAGAUAUGUUCUUGAAGAGUGACAAGUUUUGGAGUCUGGAGAUGAAAUGUGUAUUUUUUUAUUUUUUUAUUAAUUUUUUUGGAAUGUACAUUACUAGAUUUGUUGUAACAUUAUCUUAUCUUAGUGUAGAGCAUUUAGGUGAUGGUGGUUAAGAUUAAUUACCCCUAAUUUAAUUCACAUUAAAGCUUGUGAUAUUUUGGGAGAUAUC